AUGGAAUCCGGUUCCUCCUCCGCUAGUGGAGAAACACCGAAGCUUCGGACUGCUUGUGAGAACUGUAGACAGUCCAAGGUCAAGUGCAAUCUGUCUGGAAAGGAUACGUGCAUUCGCUGCCUCCGCCAUGGGCUACCGUGCCGUUACCGAGUCGCCAACCGGUCGGGCAAGCCCAAGGGGAGCAAGAAUCGAUCCACGCUCCGGAAGCUGGGGCAACUGCAGGAGAGCAAGGCUGCUUUUACUUCGGGUGAUCGACUGCCCAAACGGAACUUAGAAGCCAUAUCGAGCCCGGGAUUCGCGCGCAGCGACACCGAGAGUCUACCAAUUGACCAGCCGCUGGAAAGCCCGAUGGGCGAGAUACCCGAUGCUUCCAUGUUCCUAGCCGACUGCGAAUACCCCUCGCUCUAUGGAGAAACGAUGGCUGAUAGCCCAUGCGCGGCUUCAAUGUCACCGACGUUCCUACAAAAAGAGUUCAUCACGAAAGGACUGACUAGCUUUCCUCUUGCCGUACACGUCCCGAGUGCCCUACGGCCAACCUGUGACUGCUCGGAGACGCUAGCCUUUUACCAUGAUCAUCUCCGCCAGAUGGUCGUCAGCCCAGCCCAGCUGCGGUUUGAUCAGAUGCUCCAGGGCGUGCAAGCAGCGCUCUCGGUGUGUCGCGGAUUCCUGCAGUGCCCAAGCGGACACAAGGACAACCAUAGCACCAACGAUACUAGCCUUAUCCUCUGCAUGUCCACCCUCGAGCUGACUCUCCAGCUCUUAGACUACUGGACCUCGUAUGAGCUCCUUCCGCAGUCCAGGGAGGGGCAUCGCGAGGUGGGCUACGGAGAGUAUGAGAUGGGCGCAGACGAGGCGCGCCGAGUCCGCCGCUUCCUCAUCCGCGGCCGCCUCCUGCUCUGCAAGGAGACGCUGGGGCUCCUCAAGGGAGCGGCCGGCUUCGAGGAUGGACUGGGAGGGAACUGGCUGCAGCAGAUUAUUGGAGGGUCCGAGGCGAUGACUGAUACGUUCCUUCAUGCGAUGUCCGAGGCAGAAUGUCUUUGCAAUUUACCCAGCUACUAG